AUGCCUGAUGAUCUGACCGAGAAGGUGCGACUCUUGUUCACCAAAGCUUUUGCUUCCGCGGAUCAAAGAGGCUCCGAGGCUGCAGAAGCCUUUACACAAUGCUUUGUGCAAGAUGCACAGUUGAGAACUGCAGCCGGAACAUUCAGUGGUCAGAAAGAAAUCCUGCAAUCACGCCAGAGUUCGUGGAACGGGAUCGAGUCACGCAAGCACACAUUGAAACAGCUAUACAAAAAUACCAAUGGUGCCAAUGAGUUCCUGGUCCUCGGCAAUUUGGAGCUCGCAAAGGUCAAUGGUCAUGUCACGGACAGUCGGUUCUGUGCAAAUGCUUCUGUCGAGCAAAAUGAAGAUGGGAUGGUUCGCUUUGUGUCGUACGAAGCCUUCGCGGAGUCACCACCUCCAGCUGCCGCUACUGCUGCAGCAAAGAGUCAAGAUUAA